AUGGCGUCCAUCAAGAUGGCGUCCGAGAAUGCUGUAGACGAAGCUGAGACGAAGCUUCUAGAAAAGAACAAUGUUAUUGUAGUACAGAAUAGAAAUGACCAAGGAACUGUUUCAGCGAAAUCAUCAAAGAAAGUUUUGUGCAGUGAUGACGAGGUACAAGAAGCUAAGAAACUCUUUCCGCCCGCCGCUUCGCCCGCGUGGAGUUCGGUUAUACCGCGUUUCCAAGAGAAAUUUUCAAAAGUCUGGGAUAAAAACUAUCCUAUGAUCUUUCUCAAGGUCAACUCUAUCUCUGUACCAAAUUUCAUUAAAAUCAUUAAGCUGCCCGAAGAUGAAGCAGCUGUCGGCGGAAGAUUCACAAUCGGGCCGGCUCCUGAGAGAGACUGGGAGUUGGUGCCGCCCGACGGUAGAUGGGGCUGGUGUGUGCUCGUGGGAGCUACAUUAGUGAAUAUACUCAUCCCGGGAACAAUAAAGUCAUUUGGAGUGCUAUUAGUUGAGUUUAAUGAUGUGUUUAACUCAAGUCCUGCAGCUUCAUCUGGGAUUGUGGCGUUAUGUUACUUCUUAUAUAGCAGUCUGGGUCCUAUAUCUUCAAUACUAUCAGUAAAGUGGUCAUAUAGAACUGUGACACUCAUCGGUGGAUGUUUUGCAGCUUUUGGAAUGAUCUUCAGUAGUUGGGCGUUUUCUAUCACCUAUUUGUAUUUCAGUUUCGGCGCUAUGGUUGGUACAGGCGCCGGUCUAGCGUUCCCACCCACUGUGUAUAUAGUGACCUCCUACUUCGUUCGUCUUCGAGGCUUAGCUAAUGGAAUAUGUAUGUCAGGAAGUGCAUUUGGUAGUAUAAUACUACCGCCAAUAUUGAGAAUACUAUUGGAAACUUACGGUUACAAAGGAGCAGUUCUCAUCCUGGGUGGUAUAAUGUUGAAUGUUUGGGCCGCUGCAUUACUAUUUCAACCAGUUGAAGAACACAUGGUGAAGAAAUACAAAGAAAUUGAGGAAGACGGACCACAAGAUGAAAUUCUAUUCGAAGAGGAAGAACCUAUAGAUGAAUAUGAUAUGACAGUUAUUAACGAGAAAAUUAACGGUAACGAAAAAGAACCAGUACGGAACGUAUCUCAAAGUCACGUGAAUUCAACCCAGAAUCUACGUCAGAACGUAUCAAAACGUAAAUUAUCGUAUACCCGUCCGAUUACAAAGAAUACAAUGAGUUCCACGUCAAUAGCAAUGGAUGCUCAGGAUAUGAAGAAGAUAGGUUCCCAAGAGACUUUCGCUAGAAGAUUGAGCGCUUGCAAGAGAAAUGUAUCUACAACAAGCUUUGCCUAUAUCUCUACACCUUUCCAUGGUUCUACAUUAUCAGCGUUUGAGAAACCAAAUGAAUUUGCGUCACAAUUCUCAUUAAAAUCAUUAACUGAAAGUGUCGCCGAUGUGGCCUAUUGCUGUUUUUGCUGCAAAAAAUCCAAAAAACCUAGCAAAUUUUUCGAUGUAACUCUCCUAACUGAUCCUACGUAUCUAGUUAUUCUUAUUUCAAGCAGUACAGUCGCUAUAUCUUGUACUAAUUUCAUUAUUUUGUUGCCAUCACACGCACAGAAUAUCGGUUUUGAUAAAGCUAAAGGUGCUUAUCUCCUUAGUACGGUGUCAGCUCUUGAUUUGGUUGGACGUAUUGGCGGUUCUACGUUAUGCGACUUAAAUAUAAUGCCGAAAGCGUUUUAUUUCGUUGGUGGUUUAGUUUUUUCUGGUUUAACAUUAGCGACGAUACCUUUUUUGGAAUCGUAUAUAGCUAUUAGCGUUUUCUGCGCGCUGUUUGGGUUGGCUAGUGGUGUAAAUAAUGGUGUCACCACACUGGUUAUGGCUGAAAUAUUGGGUGUAGAUAGAUUAAUGUCGACGUAUGGGAUAAGUUUGUUUGUGAAUGGUCUCUUACAAUUAGUUGGACCUCCUAUAUGUGGUAUUUGGUAUCAGCAUGAUAAGAAUUUUGUUCAUAUGUUCGUUACUUUUGGCAUGAUUUUUAUAGCGGGCGCGUCUUUAUGGCUCUUCAUGCCGUUGGAACCAUUCAUAGAAGAGGAAGCAGAUGAGAUAGAACAUCCGAAACUAACAUUAACACCGGACAAAGACGACAAAAUACAGAAUGGAUCUCCACCCAUGAGGGAAAAAUCGUUUUUGGAUGAAAAAUUCUCUCCAAAUAGAAGCGAUUUCGCCAGAUCAGCAAGCGUUGCCCACGUAUCUCAUCUAGAAAACAGUCGGAUAAGAAAAAUUUCAACUCCAAUCCCGCCAAAACACGGCCUACAGAGCAUAUCAAGCAAGAUAUCAAACCACUUACCGAGCAACCCGUCGUUACUAGAAUCUGUACCAGAAGGAAAACCGAGUCGCGUGAAUUCUCAAGAAGCAUUCGGGAAGAAGUUAGUAGUGCCAAAAACUCCCAAACGCAGCCCAUCAACGUCAAGCUUUCAGUACAUGUCCACACCUUUCCAUGGUUCCACGUUAUCAGCUUUUGAGAAACCAAGCGAAUUCGCGUCUCAAUUUAGUCUAAAAUCCGUCACAGAUAGUCUAGCGCCGAUAUCUUAUUGUUGCGGAUGUAAAAAAUCUAAAGAAGACGAAACAAAGAAGGAACCAAGCAAAUAUUUCGAUCUCCAACUCUUCAAAGAUCCGAUAUAUCUCGUCAUUUUGAUAUCCAACUGCACGUGCGCGAUAUCGUAUACGAAUUUCAUAAUUCUGGUGCCGUCGUACGCUAAAGAGUGCGGAUUUGAUAAAGCGCGCGGCGCUUAUCUAUUAUCUAUUAUAUCCGCGUUGGAUUUGGUCGGAAGAAUCGGCGGAUCCGCGCUAUCUGACAUAGUUACGACUCCGAAGCGUUACUUCUUCAUCACCGGUCUGUUGUUAUCCGGGAUAAGUUUAGCCAUGAUACCUUUAGUGACGACUUAUUCCGCUAUAAGCGCUUUUUGCUGUAUUUUUGGUAUAGCGUCGGGUAUCAACGUAGGCGUGACGGCGCUUGUGAUGACAGAAAUGCUUGGAACUGAGAGGCUCAUGAGCUCGUAUGGCAUAAGUCUGUUCAUGAACGGUAUUCUGCAGCUCAUUGGACCACCGAUUUGCGGUAUUUGGUUCGAAUAUACCAAAUCUUAUAGAUCUUUAUUUGUUACGCUCGGCUUCAUUUUGGUUUUUGGAGCUAGCUUAUGGCUGUUCGUGCCGUUUAUACACAGACGCAGGAAAAGAGCGCAGGCGCUCAAAAAUAAUACUGAAAAUAGGGCCUAG